AUGAUCGCAGCACCACCAUCCAUACCCGACUGGCGCACCCUCGCCGCCUCAAAACGCGAAUCUGUGUACGCUAAAAUACCGAAAGAUUGGCGUCUGCCUUCUUCGCAAACAUCUCAGUACGCAGAAACGUCCAGUAUAUCUGUAUUGGAUGUUCCGCGAACAUGCGGCAUCCUGACCGAGAAAGAGCUAGACAUUACGGAAAACUACGAUGCCACUGAUCUGGUCAAGAUGAUGGCGGAGGGCCAAUUGAGCAGCACAGAGGUCGUAACGGCAUUUUGCAAGAGAGCAGCUGUGGCCCAGCAGUGCGUGAGCUGCCUGACAGAGAUUAUGUUCGAGGAAGCGCUUGCUCGGGCGAGGGAAUGUGAUGAAUUUCUCAAGAAAGAAGGGAGGGUUAUGGGACCGCUGCAUGGGCUGCCGAUUAGUUUGAAGGACUCGUUCAACGUAAAAGGCGUUCAAGCAACACUUGGUUACGUCUCUUUCCUCGCGCACCCACCCGCCGCUUCGAACUCCUCUUUGGUUACUCUUCUGUAUUCGCUCGGCGCGGUGUUCUACGUCAAAACCAACCUCCCUCAGACUAUGAUGACAGCGGAUUCCCACAACAACAUCUUCGGCCGCACGCUAAACCCGCUCAAACUAUCUCACACAGCCGGCGGUUCUACAGGCGGCGAGGGCGCCCUACUCGCUAUGAAAGGCAGCGUGUUGGGCGUGGCAACAGAUGUAGCAGGAUCCAACCGCAUCCCCGCGAUAUGCUGCGGCGGCUCGUCUCUGAAGCCAACAGCAGGACGAGUCCCAUUCGCAGGCGGCGUCGCAGUAGGCCGGCUGGGAAGUCCAGGUUCCGUCCCCGUAGUCAUAGGCCCAUGUGGCCGUUCUGUCCGCGACUACGAACUCUUUUUACGGUGUGUGGGCGACGCGAAACCGUGGCUUUACGACGAAAACAGCCUCAACGUGCCGUGGCGGCGCGUCCAGCCUUCUAGCAAACCCCUGAGGUUCGGGCUGGUAAGGGGCUGUAAAGAACGACCGCUCCACCCGCCUAUCGCUCGCGCACUGCAUACCACGGCGAUGAAACUGAAAGCGCAGGGGCAUGAGAUCGUCCUCCUCGAUGACAAGAUACCAGAUCUCUACCAAACCGCCCUGCUAGCCUGGAAAUUCUUCAUGCUGGAUCCGAAGAAAACUCCACUGCAAUACAUCAAAGAUGGCGGAGAGCCGCCUGUACCUUCGCUAUCAACAUGCUCGUUCCCCGAGUUGAAAGAUUGG